GCCCCGCCCGCCCUGCGGCCCCCCAGCCCGCCGCCCGCCCGGCUGCAGCUCCCGGCGUGCCCUGCACUCUCUGCUGCCCGCCGCCGACCCCUCCUUCUUCUCGUCCUAGUGCCACCGAGCCGGAGCCCGAGCCGCCGCCGCCACCGCCACCGCCACCGCCACCGCCGCCGCCGCAGCAACCUCAGCCGCGGGCACUAUGGCCUCUGGAGUUACAGUGAAUGAUGAAGUCAUCAAAGUUUUUAAUGAUAUGAAAGUAAGAAAAUCUUCUACACAGGAGGAGAUCAAAAAAAGAAAGAAAGCAGUUCUCUUCUGUUUAAGUGAUGACAAAAGACAAAUAAUUGUAGAGGAAGCAAAGCAGAUCUUGGUGGGUGACAUUGGUGAUACUGUAGAGGACCCCUACACAUCUUUUGUGAAGUUGCUACCUCUGAAUGAUUGCCGAUAUGCUUUGUACGAUGCCACAUACGAAACAAAAGAGUCUAAGAAAGAAGACCUAGUAUUUAUAUUCUGGGCUCCUGAAAGUGCACCGUUAAAAAGCAAGAUGAUUUAUGCUAGCUCUAAAGAUGCCAUUAAAAAGAAAUUUACAGGUAUUAAACAUGAGUGGCAAGUGAAUGGCUUGGACGAUAUUAAGGACCGCUCGACCCUGGGAGAGAAACUGGGAGGCAGUGUUGUAGUUUCCCUUGAAGGAAAGCCACUAUAAAAUAAUAGCCAAGUGCCAUUUGAUCUUAAGGGGCUUACAUUUAUUUCUCCAGCUCAGUCCACUGGAAUUGUAUUAGGUUUUGUUUUUUGUUUAUUCCCGUCCCACUGGUCCCGUUCAACACAAUGAAUGAAUGAAUAUAAGAAGCCUGUCAGUGAUUGCCAUUAGACUGUUUCAUACGGUUACUUUUCUGUAGAUCCCAAGGAAUGCCUUCCCAUCUUAUUUUAGCCAAAACAACUGGUUACAUGCCUUCCUUGCAGUGAACACUACAAUGGAUGUGAUUGUCAAUGUGAAUAGCUUAGAGUACUACAAAGGGUAAGCUAAUUGAAUGCCUUGAAAGAAUUAUCCACUGGUCAUAUGGGAAACUUGUUCAGUAUUAUUUAUAGUUGCACUUGAUUACAGGUCUCUGAGGCACUGGAGCAUUCGUACACCUCACCUGCCUUGGCAAGCCUAUUUUUGUGACAUGGCAGCACAGAUUUAACACUAUUCGUUAAAAGCACUUUUACCUUGUAAUGCGUUUAAUCCCUUAUAAAGAAUGCCAAUUAAGUUUGAUUACCUGUCAUCAAUUUAUCCUAGUCUCUCAGUGUUCAUUCUUCUUACCUGCAUAUUUUCUUCAAAGAAAUAGCUGUGUUUAUGUCUUUGGUUUCCCAAUGAGUGUACACUACUGUAUAAUUAAUUAUAGGAGUUUUUAUGUUUACCAUAUGAGUCUUGAAACACUACAGACAUUUUGAAUAUCAGACCUGAUGGCAAUUUCUGUAUAAAAGAGCCUUAAAUGGAACAUUGUUUUUGAGAUCAAACUCCCUACCCUCACAAAAGUGGCCACGUUGCAAUAAAAAUUGUGGCAGAUUACA